AUCGGUUUCAUCCUAUCCGAUUCGAAAGCACAAAUCGUCAAAGAGCUGGUCUUUUAUUUUGACAUUGAGCUUGAAUCGGGUGACCAUCAAACGGACCGUAUAUGCCGAGAAAUCAAGAAAAGGAGAAGGACAGGAUAGCAAGAAAUACCGACUACUUGGCGUGAAUCAUAUGACCACUUUUCUCAAAUCCAAUAUGACCAAUCGAACUUGCCCCCUGUCUCAUUAUUCACCACCGCCUUCCGAUGACGGUAGCGUUCAUUGCGCCCGUCACGCCAAGUACGGAAGCCGGAUAAAUGCGUGUAAAAGGGGCAGAAUUCUUUUCUGUUUUUUUGCUUGUAAAUCUCAUUUCAGCCUCACGCAUUGCUCAUUUCGAUGAUCAUUGGGGAAAAAAUCUUCUUUCAGUGUUUUGCUGGCUUUCAAAACACGAAAAAAGCUUCAAUCGAUUCCUUAUUCUUCUUCUUUCACCAUCAAGAUGUCAUCAUGAUCUCCAUUUGCAGUUCUCAACAGUCUGCUCGUGUUUACAUCGUCAUUUACCACAAUCACGAUCAAACGAUCAAUGAACAUACACUUCUUUGGGCCAUUCAUGUAGGUUCCAAUCAUGAUGAGAUGCCAAAUGUGGCAAAAUGUCUAUAUCAAGCGAACGAUGACCAGAGCGAAGGAUCGGAAUGUAGUACGAUUUCGUGUUUCUCGUUGGUUUGUUGUAUCUUGAUCGCUCAUACGACCGAUAAAGCUUCUGCUGUUCGUUGUAUCGAAAAGGUGGAAGAGAGAAACGAUCAAGAACAUACACCUACGAGCUCGAAAGCGUUCGUAAGAGAUGCAAUUGAAAUGCUUGCACAUGAACAAUCUAUCCUUGGUAAACAUCAAUUGGACUGGGAUGUGAUCGAAGCAAGAACAGUUCGAUAUUCUUAUUUGCAAAGUGAUGAUUUUUCACAAGUGGACCCCGCGCAAAACUCUCACGUUGCAAACGGAUUGAUUGCAACGUACGAUUUGAUCAACGAACAAGAUAUCACUCUACGUUUGACAAAAUAUCAUCAGAAUGGGCUCGUUGGAUUCGUAGCAAGAAAGACAAAGUGUCUGCGUACUACUGUUUAUAAGGCUUUGCAAGGUUGACAUCCCGGUAGAUAG